UAGAGUCUGUAAGUACAUUUUCACUUUUCCUGAGCCAUUACACCUGAAUCAACUCAUUGUAAAGCCCUUCAGGCAGUGAACCUGGGUGUGUGAGGAGGGGAAACACGCUGAAAUGUGUAGUUUAGCAAGCAGGAUUGGGGAAAAAAACAUUUGGUGUAACACAAGAAAAUGAUGCUAUGUUAGGCUGUAUUAAUUCUGAUUUAACAUGAAUUAUUAUAUCCGGUCUUCUGCAUUUGAGCGUGAUACGGCUUUAAUACCUGAUUCAGUAUAUGACCUCAGUAGUAAUCCCUUAAUUAUGGAAAAUGAUUUUUUUUAAAUCCCUAAAAUGACAAGAGUAAGAACUAUAUAAAUGCAAAAUAACAAAUAUACGAUAUACAGUAAGUUAAAAAUGAACCGAUACUGUAAUUAAACAUCCACUAAAAUACUGUUUUAUGAUUUUUCCAGCACAUUAAGUCAUUGGUCUAUUUCCCAGUCCCAUAUUUUCCAGAUGUUCAGAUCUUCCUGCAAUAUUUUGUUUUGCUCUGCACAGCUGAAAAUAAAAGCAAGAAAACAUGACGGCGCAUGCUGUUAGAGGAAAAUAAUCAACCAAGAGGCGGUGCGAUGCGACUUGACGCGAAGGGUUACUGUUAUCACCUUGACAUUGAUUACUUUCCAAUUAAAGCCCAUCUCGUAGUGUUUUAUUCCUCUUAUACCACAGCAGUUUGCCAACACUAAAACUACAGGAUGUUAUGGAAGAAUGGUGUUGUGUGUCGAUUUACAGUUAAAGUCGUGGAACAUUCAUGAAACAAGUUAGUUCUUGUUGUUAUAAUAGCUAGAAAUUAGUCCAUACAGGAUUACGCUGAGGUUUUUUUUUAUGUGAUUGUUGCGGUCAAAAACGCUGGAUUGUUCAGUGGAUUUUUUGUAAAUUUUCAAUUUGCGGAAUUUUUUUGUGCUUUUUUUGCGGAAAACUAUUCAAUUGGGGAAACUGCAGUUGCACAAAACUGUUUCACACGGUCUUUCACUGUGAUGUUUGUUGGUAAAUGAGAACUUUUAGCUGUACUCGUUCGACACACGUGAAUCGGAGAGGGCUUCGGCUCAAUGCGCGUCGCGAUGACGUCAAAUGCUGCAUUGUGAUGACAUCACAUGAAGCGUCUUGGCCCAAAUGCAUGGAAAAUCAUGCAAAAAAUUGCAAGCCUCUCCGAAUAUUACUUUGUUUCCUUGAUUUGGCGUUCAUUUCAGUGAUCGCAAAUUUGCUAAAUCCUGGAGGUAAGCAACUUCAAAGUCAUUGUGUUACCAAGUUAUUUUGCAUUACCCAAAAAAACCCACCAAAAAAUCAUACACUCCUCUGUUCCAAAGACUUUCCCGUGUUGGAAACAGCUUUACGUCUUACUGUGACAAAGUGCUGACACUGGAGAUUCCAUCCAAUAACGUUAAAUAAACAUGUCCUCGCAGAAAACAUAUAACAAUAGCACGUUCUAUAGUAACAACAAAAUGGGUCAAAAUGUUGUUUCUAUAGAAACGUAUUGCAACCAACCUACAGUCAGAGCUGCUGUAAUAUAAACAUAAGCAGCUGUAAUCGUUGCCCAAUUUUUGUGGUAUAAAAGGAAUAAAAACCCUUCGGGUCACGCUGUUAUAGGUAGUUACAAUAUAUAUCUACAAUACUGAUUUGAUUAUUUAUAUAUUUAUAUAUAUAUAUAUACUCCUCUUUUAUUCCUUACAUACAUGAUUAUGGUGAUCGAUAUACUCAAAUUAAUUUCAUGAUUGGAAAGUGUAUUGCAUCCUCAUGCAUACCGAUGUGAUGAAAACGGUGUUGAUAUUAGGCUUGUUCUUACACGCAGAUACAGAAACUGAAUCGUCAGCUGAUAUAGACUGAUAUGAAGUGUUGACUUUGGCUCACUUGUUGAUUUCUUAAAAUAGCCAACUCAUAUACCAAAAAAAAACAAAAAAACAGAUGUGGGAUCAACUGAGGGUCUUGUCUAUCUUGCCUUUUGUGGUUGUGAAGGUGUCAGCUGAUCUCACCUGCGAUGCCGUGCUAAUGCUGGCUUCUGGAAAUCACACAUUGUACCAUCUGGAUGCCGCUAAUCACUCUGACACUAAUAACUCGGGUGUGUUUUGUAGCACAGCUAUCGAUGGCAUCGGCACCUGCUGGCCGCUCAGCGUGGCCGGGGAGAUGGUGUCGCGUCCAUGUCCGGAGUUCCUCUACGGAGUCCGAUACAACACCACCAAUAAAAUCUUCCGGAAGUGUCUGGCUAAUGGGACCUGGGCCCCCAAAAGCAACUACUCUCAGUGCAAAGCUAUUCUCAAUGUACAGAGGAAGAGCAAGCUGCAUUAUCGAAUCGCUGUCAUCAUUAACUACCUGGGUCACUGCUUGUCACUGUUCACUCUCCUUAUCGCCUUCAUAAUCUUCUUACGACUCAGGAGUAUUCGCUGUUUAAGGAACAUCAUCCACUGGAAUCUAACCUCUGCCUUCAUCCUGAGAAAUGCGACGUGGUUCAUCGUUCAGCUCACCAUGAACCCUGAUGUACACGAGAGCAACGUGCCAUGGUGCCGUUUAGUGACGACAGCAUAUAACUACUUCCACAUGGCCAAUUUUUUCUGGAUGUUCGGCGAAGGCUGUUAUCUUCACACAGCCAUCGUGCUCACCUACUCCACUGACAAGCUCAAGAAAUGGAUGUUCAUCUGCAUCGGAUGGUGUAUUCCUUCGCCUAUUAUCGUCGCCUGGGCCAUCGGAAAGCUGUACUACGACAACGAGAAGUGUUGGUUUGGGAAGAGAGCAGGCAUAUACACAGACUAUAUCUACCAAGGCCCCAUGAUCCUGGUGCUUAUGAUCAAUUUUGUGUUCCUCUUCAACAUAGUAAGGAUCCUCAUGACCAAACUCCGGGCCUCCACCACAUCCGAAACCAUCCAAUACAGUAGGAAGGCGGUGAAGGCCACGCUCGUGUUACUGCCUCUGCUCGGGAUCACGUACAUGCUGUUCUUCGUAAACCCAGGAGAGGACGAAAUCUCUCAGAUCGUCUUCAUCUAUUUCAAUUCCUUUCUGCAGUCCUUUCAGGGCUUCUUUGUGUCAGUGUUCUACUGUUUUCUAAACAGCGAGGUCCGCUCGGCUGUUCGGAAGCACUGGCACCGCUGGCAGGACCACCAUUCCAUCCGCGCACGAGUUGCGAGGGCAAUGUCCAUUCCCACCUCACCUUCGCGCCUCAGCUUCCACAGCAUCAAACAGUCCACCUCUGUCUGAUACAGGGACGCUUAAGAUUGAAAAAGAAAGAGGCAGGCACUCUAUCAGUGAGGAUUUUCACUCCCCUGACCACAUCUGGACAGACACUGGGACUGAAAUUAAACGAUGAACAGAAAAGGCCAUACACGUAAUGAAGGGUACGGUGGCAGGACUUCACAAAAUGGACCAUUCCGUGUUGUUGGAGCGUUUUCCAUAGACUCUACAUGUGUGUAAUACUCAGUUAUUUAUAGUUGGACACUGGGAAGGGACAGCUAUUACGUGGUACAAGCUUUGCCGCGAAAAUAAUUAAAAUAAACAAACUCAACUGGUUUAGUUUUCCUAUAACUGAACGCUGACUCCACUCUGUUCACUUCAGGUAAUCAGAACUACUUAUAUAGACUGAUUAGCUUCCGGUAUCAGCGAACAGUAUAGAUUAUAGGAUUAGCUUCAAAUGUUAGCUAAUUGUACAGAAGAAUUAGCUUUCAGCAUCAGUUAGUUGUACAGAUAGAUUAGCUUGUUUGGCUAGUAAGCUUUGUUUUCUGACUUAGCUAGAUCUAACAUCUGACUGUAGCUAGAUAGCUUUCUGUGGAUGUACCAGCUUUGGAUUCUUUCAUUUAACAUUAGCUAUUUUUGUUUUGCAGAUAAAUUCACAGCUAGCUGGCUAGCUAAUACUGUUGUGGGAUGUUGGUGAACUACCAAUUAAAACUUUUCUGUAAAAAAAA